CUAGUCAGAGCAUCAGCGUCGAGCAAACAGACAUGAUGAGCGCGUGUUUUCAUCACUUUUACAUGAUUUGUGCUUUAGGUUUGUCUGUCAGCAGCUUUUAUUCAGCUGUCGAAAGCUUUCCCCUGACAGACUGUGAUGACUAUGGAGUUUACAUUCAGGGCUCCGCUUUACUCAGUACAUUGUGUGAUCUGGAGUGGAGAGAUCAGAAGCAGGAACAGAUUCAGAAUGUUUUUAAGAGGUUUCUCUUUCACUACUCCAAAGCACAGAAUUCAGUGGGCUCAGUAGACAGAGAGUCUCAUUCAGUUCAUCCACUGAUGCGUCUCUCCCCAAAACUGUCUCUGCGCCGGAAGAAACAACAGAGAAGCUGAAGAACGUUUGUGGAACCUCUGGAAGAUUCACUGAAGGUCUGC